UUCACUUUUCUUGUUUCUUUUCUUUUAUUUUCUUUUUAUAACUCGUAUAAUGAUCAAGAUAACAUUAUUAUUAUCUUUAUCUAUAAUUAAUAUAAUCAUUAGCGGCCUUCAAGCUGCAUACAUAAAUGAUGGUAAUAGACAUAAUAAUGAUUAUCAAAUUGCUUUUAAAACGCCUUUGGGUGUUCCAUAUCGAGGUAGAUUUAUUACCAUCGAUAAAAGAAUUUUAAAUACCGAGGAUUUACCUUUUAUUGAGCACUCUGAUGGAAACUCCUCAUGGCUGGCAAUGAAUUUCGAUUUUCAAUAUGUCAAACCUAUUUUUGAUUUUCUUAAUACUACCCAUAAAGUGCCUUUAUUGAGUCGAGGAGAAGCGCAUAUUACAGUUAUUUCACCGCCAGAGUUUACAGUACUUGCUACAGCUGGUGUUACAAUUGAUGACUUAAAUAAAAUUGCUAUCUCUGAUACUAUUCAAAAAAGUAAAGUCGAAAUUAUAUGUAUUGGAAAAGAAGAUGUUGUGAUCGAAAAUAAGAAUAGAAUUGUUUAUCAAAUCAUUGUAAAAUCAUCCGACUUGAUUGGGAUACGUAAAAAGAUAUUCCAAUUAUAUGCUAGAAAAGAUGGGAAUACAGCCCUUUUUGAUCCUAACGUACAAGAUAAUAAUAAUAAUAAAGAGAGUACACAUGUAUAUAUUAAUCCCUUUUGUUUUAUGAUUAUUAUAGUCAUUCUGGCCUCAUAUUACAGUUGGCUUUACUUCAACAGACGUGUUUCUUGAACAAGGCAUUUAUAAAGGUUUUAAUGUAUGCUUUUAUCCUAUUCAUUUAAAAUGAGCAUAUAAAUAAAGUGAAUUUUUGCUUCUUUUUUUUAAAAAAAAAUAAAAAUGUUCAUCCUUAUGUAUAAACAGAAAUCAAAGUAAUUUAAAUAAAGUCUUGUGAGCUAAUUUGGUUUCAUUCCACUAUAAAUUCUUAUUGCUAUGCCAACUAAUUUCGAAUCAUGGAGAAUCUUUUUA